AUGCUAAACACAGUAAAAAACGGGCCUCAUUCCCCCGACUCCGAAGGAGUACCCAGUUCGGCAGCGUUGGGUAGGACGAGUACGGAGAGGCUGCUAAAAUCUCAGGGUCAAUGGGAGUUGCCUGGACCACGAAGAACUAAGGUGACGAUCAGUACCAACAAUGCACCCACACUUGCAUCUGAGUCCUCGAUAGAAGACUUGUUCAUGCAAGAAAGAAGGAUAAGGUAUGACAUCAGCAGCUUGGCCGAGACGAGAAGGCGCCAGCCUCUCAACGCCGUCUAUGACACCGGAGAGGAACGGUUCCUCGGAACAUGCGACAAUAGAGGAGUCGGCGGCGUCGGCGUUCUCGUCCACACGAGUUUGUCCAUGAACAUCGAUUCAUUCGAACAACUUACAACCCGAAUCGGACGUUUACGAUUGAAAAGACAUGGAUCAAUUCCGGCUUUGACAAUCUUCGUCGUUUGCGCGCCGACAUCAACCUAUGACGAAGAAGAAGUCGCAAUUCCAGAAGCCCCACCCUCAUCGCUGGACGUGGAAGUCUCCUAA